GAUACUCAUUGUUUGUCUAACAGGAGAAAGCGGAACACGUGAGGUACAUGCUAGGUUUCUUCACCAUAUAUAUGUAAAUAUCAGGCCACGGAAUAUUGGGCCACUUGCUCAUGUCAUGCUUACAUUCAGUAACUGUCCACAGGUCUGAAAGCAGGUUUCCAUUUGUUAAAGUUAGUUUUUUAAAGCAAGCUUCACAAUCUUUUGCGGAUAAUGUAUUCACAUACCUUGAUAGCACCGGGCUAGUUGUCCCUGUGCCACACUGCAUGUGCAGUCAUCUUUGUUUGCAAACAGUAAAUGGGUCUAUAAAGCAGAGGUUUAAAUGUGGGGGUUGCAGAGAUACUGCACCCCAUCCUGCAACCUCCAGGCUCAUAAUUCCACUGUGUUACAUGGAAAAUAAGAUAAAUUGUGACAGAAUAGAAUAUUCUUAUUCACAUCUUUAUUUGUAUGAUUAAUAUUUUGUCACUUUUUUUUUUUUUACAUAUUCCUUGUUAGCUAACUAAUGUCAUCACUUUUUUACAUUUCAGGGUAUGCUUAGGUUGUGUUACAUUGCGUGUGCCUAGACUAACCUGUCCAGCCUCUCCAUUACUCAAGGUUAAAGACCUCUCAUAUAAAGAGAUAGACAAAGGAUCAAGUGCUGCUUUUAUGCAGUUUUAAGCCUUAGGAGGUAAUUUUCAUAGAGUGGAACAAGCAAAUGGUUUGUAUUAUGUUUACCAUUAAAAAAACAGCUGUUAACCUUCUUCCACACAUUGCUCUCAUUAAGCUGUGUAAAAAUAAUCCAUCCGUGUUAAGAUAAAUGUAGAGCGCUGAAAAACUUGUUUAAAUAAAGCCAAUAAGGACUAGGCGACAAGACGUCUCCGCCCGCUUUAUACAUAUACAUGAGCCUGGCACCACAACGUACCCUUGCGUGAUGACGCAACACAACUGCGGGUCCCGAUUGCUGCAACCGCUUGUCAGUGUGACGAAGAUUGGCACUCAGAUGCAAAGCGUGGUACAGCUAGAUUGUGACUCUGAAGCAAAGUUUGGAGGGACAUUGGUUGAAGUGUCCAAUCCAGUGCCCACUGAACCACAAACACCCAUGGAUGCAGACAAAGCAUCAAUAUAUCGACACCCCCUGUUCCCCUUGUUGGCCUUGCUUUUUGAGAAGUGUGAGCAAUCUACGUUAAGCUCUGAAUGUAUCACUUCAGCCAGCUUUGAUGUGGACAUUGAGAACUUUGUCCGCAGUCAGGAGAAAGAGGGAAAGCCUUUCUUCAGUGAAGACCCUGAACUUGAUAAUUUGAUGGUGAAAGCCAUCCAGGUGCUACGAAUCCAUUUGCUUGAGCUCGAGAAGGUGAGUGACCUGUGUAAGGACUUUUGCAGCCGCUACAUCGCCUGUCUCAAGACUAAGAUGAAUAGCGAGACCCUUCUGAGUGGAGACCCAGGAAGCCCAUACUCUCCAGUACAAGGCCAGUCACAAAACUUCUCACCCACCAAGACUCAGACUCCAAGCUCCAUCACAGGCACCACCAGUCCCCAGGGUCAGAUUGUGGUGCCAACUUCAGCCCUGCAACAAGGCAAUGUUACUGUUACAGCUGUCAACCCCACACAAGUAGUCACAGGAAGUACAGUUUACCAACCAGUAACAGUAGUCACUCCUCAGGGUCAAGUGGUUACGCAGGCCCUUUCUCCUGGGACAAUACGUCUUCAAAAUAAUCAGCUUCAGCUGCAGUUUCACCAGGACUUGAACCUCUUUAACCACGAGGACAGCUCCACAAAGAAUAAACGGGGGGUUCUACCCAAACAUGCCACCAAUGUUAUGCGAUCUUGGCUCUUUCAGCAUAUUGGGCAUCCUUAUCCAACGGAAGAUGAGAAGAAACAGAUUGCCAGUCAAACAAAUCUGACACUUCUGCAAGUCAACAACUGGUUCAUAAAUGCACGGAGACGGAUCUUGCAGCCAAUGUUGGAUGCUAGCUCUUCCGAGACCCCCAAAACCAAGAAGAAAACACCCCAAAACCGGCCGCUGCAGCGCUUCUGGCCUGACUCUAUUGCUGCUGGGGGAGGAGCUCACCCACAAGUUAUGCCUGAUGGUACAAUGGUGACAAUGAACAUGGAAGGUCUGCAGAGCCUGACAUCAGAUGGAGCCACACUGGCAGUGCAGCAGGUAAUGCUUGCAGGCCACAGUGAAGAUGAGUCAGGUGAUAGUGGGGAAGAUGAUGACGAUGAUGAUGCAGACAUGACCGGGCUGGGCCUGGACAACAGCGACUCAUUGCAGUAAAAGCUUACACUGAACUACGCAUUCUCGGAAGGGAUGUGUAAAUGCAGACACAUUAGGUUUACAUCGAGCACAAACAGCACAGAAUGUCCAUGAACAGUCCUGUGCUCUUCCAGCUGAUCUCCAGUUUGUGCUGCCUGUGUGUACAUCAGGAGUUUCACUUCAGAAACUGUUUUUUAACAAGUUGAUAUGUGUAAGCGAGUGCACUUUUUUGUAUAUUUAAGCUGAAAACAUGAAAUCAAACUGAAAAUACGUGUUUAAAACACAAGAAACAAGUUUGUAUGCUCGAUUAUUAAUAUGCUUUUUUUGUUUAUUUUGGUCUCUGUCUCAAGUUGAAUUCUCAUUUCUUGUUUGGAUGCCAACUCUUAGUUGUAUAUGUCUUCAUUUUUUUGCAUGCUUGUGUUUUGAAUAGAUGUAUGCAGAUUCUUCUGACAACCCCAUUUCUCACGUGCUGAGUGGGGAGAGGAAAAAAAAGUAGAUAUGCUUAUUUUUCUAUACAAACAUGAACUCUGUGUUUAUGUUUUUAAAUUCUGUGUUCUCUGUUUUGUAAGGAAUAUUUAUGUACAGAUUCCUAAUGAGACAUAGCAGCUCCGUUUUUCAGCGUACUUGAAGGUUUUCUAAAGAAAAUAGAACAGAAGUUGAAUUCAGAUUAAAGUGACCAUUUAAAUUGGUUUAAACUCAAAAGACAGUGAUGGAAAGAUAAUAGGGACUUGUUAAAUAUCUCUUGCCAGGAAGCACAAAUGAUGUAGACCCUUUGAAAAUUGAUGACAAAGACACUAAACUGCAGAACAGAGUUGUAAAAAAAUAGAAAGCUUUGUGUGCAGCAGCCUAAUAGUCAUCUAAAGAAAUACCCGUGCACAGUAACUUGUUACAACUUGUUGUUGUGCUGAUGUUUUUUAAUUCAGCUCCAGUUUACCCACAUUAUGUAUACUAUGCAUUACAUUUCAUUUUUUAAUCAUUUAAGUCCCAGGGCAAGACCUUGUCAAAUGCACAAUCAGGAACACUAUAUGUUAACUACCAUCACAGGGUCUGAGACUAAAACCUUUGGAAAGACAUAAUCCACAACAAAUCACACAAACCAGAAAUAGUGGACAUUUAGCUUUUAUGUCUUUGUUUCUACUGCAAACACAAAGGACUUUCAUUGUUCAUACCAUGGAAGAAGAACUGGGAGGAAAAUUACUUCAGUUGCCACCACAUACACUGAUGUAAUGCAAUCAAAAACUUUCGUUACUCCACAAAUUGGGUUGCCUCUAUUCUGAAUCAUAGUAAAUGUAGUGGACAAUAGUUGGACAGAUUUAGUCUACAUCAGACUUGUUAGACACUUGGCUGUGCUUUUCUGUUUUGCUGUAGAGCUUUCUAUUUUGGAAUAAAGGAUGCCCAACUCUU